AUGAUCAAAAAUUGGAGAGUAGGAGAAGAGAAUAGUUCAGAUCAAAAUGACACUUCAGAAAACAAGGGGCAACAACUGAAGAAAGAUAACGUAGCGCCUGAAGAAGUGGUUGAAAUCAUAAAAGAUUACAGAACAACGAACAAAAUCAAAUACGUUCAGUAUCAAGAAUCAACCCACGAUGGAAGUUUGGUGGACAAAUUGAAGGAAGUGAAAGAUAUCUUCAAUCAAACGUCCAACGAAAUGGAAUGGGAAAAAAUUAAUAUCGAGGCCGUGGACGAAUUACGUAAGGAGCAAGGGAUAAACAACUAUGACGAAGCAAAGAAUUGGGCCUUGGAAAAAAAUAAUUUUUUCCUUUUAGGACAAAAGAUUAUUAGUUUAGCGGAAAAAUCAAAAAUAUUCCAAGAAUAUACUACCCUAAACGAAAAUUUUAAACAAAGAUUGGAGAACGAAAAUCGCUACCAAGAUGAAAAGAAGAUUGGCGAAAAAAGACCAAUAUUAGAAUCGCCGAGCAAAUGGAGUGACUUAGAGGAUGAAGAGGAGAGGAACAAGGCUUUCAAGGCAUUUUAUUUGGAAAAAAGGCAACGAGAGCUGAUCCUAUCCCCUUCCGUGAAAGAAGACAAAGAAGAAGAGGAAGAAGAAGAAUUAGAACCUAAGGCAUCACCAUCAAAGAAGAAUAGUGGAAGUGGAAAGAAAAAGAAGAAGAAGAACAACAAGAAGUGA